CGAUGACAUGGAUGGCUUGGAAGAGGUGGAAUAUUUGGAAGAUGAUGAUGAUGUAGAAACUACAGAGGCUUCACCACCAUACCCUGGUUAUCCAGUAGAUUAUGGAGGUACAGAAGUGAGAUUUCAACAAGAAAUCCAUCCAGAAAUUCAAAUUCAACCAGAAAUCCAGGCACCUCCAUAUGCGACUGUAAAUGUGGCAUACACAGCAUCUUCAGAGCCUGGACUCAAAGCAGGAGUUAACAAUCCAUACUUUCAACCAGGUCCAAACCCUGGGAUGUAUCCUCAGGUUGGUGGUCCAAACCCUGGAAUGUAUCCUCAGGCUGGCGGUCCAAACCCUGGGAUGUAUCCUCAGGCUGGGGGUCCUAGUCCUAUUAUGUACCCUCCAGGCAUGGGUCAAAACCCAGGGAUGUACCCUCAAGCUUCAACUGUAACAACCUCAGGGAGGCUGCCUUGUCUGCGUGAUCUACCCGGUCAGACCAUGUGCCCUCAUUGUAAGCAUCAAGUGAUCACCAUCACAGAUUACUACUCUGGACUCAUGGCUUGGCUGGCAUGCGGUUGUCUUGCACUCAUCGGAUGUUGGCCCUGCUGUAUAGUGCCAUUCUGGAUGGAUUCUUGUAAAGAUGUGGAGCAUCGCUGCCCUAACUGCAACAAGGUCCUCUCUUACUACAAGCGCCUGUGAUCUGCAAUACCACAUGGUCUUUAUGCUAGUUUGAUGUCUUUAAUUUCAACAUGAUCUAAUGGGAAUUAGACAUAGGAAUGUUUCAGUUUAACUUCACAUAUACAGCAAAUGUACAUUACAUUAUUUAUCAUUUAACUUUUAAACUUAUUAAAGUUACAGACAGCAUUGUGCUUGUAAUAAAACUACAGUCCUGAUUUUAAACGCGAUGGGUGUCAAGCUGUGAAACUUUAAAAAGGGAUAUAACAUUUCAUGUACAUGAACUAUAUCAAAGCUAUACAAGUCUAAACAUUUGACUUCUUUUACGAUAAAGAACAUUUACCAACCAUUUAAAGCUUAACAUCUGUAAACAUAUAUCUUGUGCCUUACAGGGAGAUUGUAAUGGAGAUUGUAUUUUCUUAGUUAACAAGUAAAUGAACUUGGCUUUUGUUGGGCAGCCUCAUCCACGUUUCAUUAUAUUGCUCUUCUUUAGUUAAAUUUCACUUCUGAGAAUCAAUCUUGUAUAAUAAGCUCUUCUUAAGUGAUUGUUUCAAGGUUAACCAUUGUGAUUAUCAUUAAAAUCCAUCAUAUUAGAUGUAUUGAAGAAAUCAUGCUUAAUAUAGAGGAGCAGAAGCUAUAACUGAGGCUAUAACUGCUUUUCUUCCUGACCUAUAUCUUUAAUUAUAUUUAGUUUCUUGUUAUGUAGCACAUUUUCUUUCCUAAAUGUGACUUAAGGGCACUGUUUUUGACUGGAGACAGUCUCUAUUUAAUAACCCUAAAUGUAAAGUCUUGCUCAAGAACAAGAUAAUAUAGAAAGACCAAGUGGCUU